CUCUGAACAGUUCCACACUUCACCAAGAAGAGACGAAGCACGAGAGCCACGAUGUCGCUCAUGGACCCGCCGUCGCCAUUCCGCUUCCCGCCCCGAGAAUCACUACAGAGCUUGUCACCCGAGCGCGUCCACAACAGGUCGCGACCUUCCAGCAUCAUGUCGUCCAAAACUGCAAAUGGCGAUUUCGAGCCACAAUCUGAGCAGCCCUCACCGCGUUCCUCACCGUCGCGUAAGGCGGCGAACCUGUUCUCGGACUACGACCCACGACGGAAUAGUCCAGUCAAAGAGACCGGCUUCGCGCUGCCCGGCAGCCCUUCCCUUCCAGAUGUCCAUGCGUUUCAGCGCACGCACGUGAGAACGAACAGCGACGUCCAAGGCUUAGUUAAGAGGUUUGAGCAUCUGGACGUACGCGAUCGCGAGGCCGAAAUUGCAGAGAGGAGAAAGAGGCAUGAAGCCGAGCUACGCAGAGCACAGGUCGCACGCGAGGAGGCCGAGGAUGAUGCCAAGAGACUACGAGAGCAAGUACGGCGGCUCAAGAAAGAAGGCGAGGAGGGCAAGGAUCGAGAGAGACGAGUCGCAAAGAGGCUGGAUGUGGUGAUGGACGAGUUCACGACCUUCAAGGAGACGCAGACAUCGCAGGUUUCUGUAUACGAAAAGGAGGUUCGAAAGGCACGAAAGGAGGCAUUCAAGUCCUCUUCAGCCGUGCUGAAACUUCAAGAAGAACUGAAAUCGACACGAAACACCCUUCGAACGACACAAUCGAAUCUCGACAUGGAGCGACGGAAAGUGCAGCAGAAGGAGCAACAGACCUUUGAUGCUCAGUAUCAGCUGGUGGCACUGCAAGAGGAACUCGACAAGCUGCGAACACAUGUCAAGACCAUAGAACAGGAGAAGGAUGCGCUGAAGACAAGUCUGAAAGAGGAAGAAGUUGCGCGAAUAGCAGCUGAGGGAAUGAUUGCCCUGCCAAUCGGAACACAAGGCGACGACGACCUCAUGAGUCCAGAAGUGGUUCGAAGACGAUCACCGCACAAGCGACAACCGUCGCCGCUGUCUGACGACAAGGAGAAUGCGGGUGUCGUAACGAAGAAGAUGGUGGACCUGAAGCAGUCGGCGGAAGAGUUGAGGCGAGAAAAGAUGCGACGAGAGCAGGCCGAAGAGCUUGUGGACUUCCUUCGCAUGGAAUGCCGCUUCAAAUGCUGCGGCUGCAGGUCGAGGAGGGAUAGCGUACACGACGAGACCUUUUCAUCGAGCCCCUUUGCCGAAGCACUGGAGACUAUCCGAAGCGAAAUGCGAUCAGUGCUGACGCCACCUCCGAGCGAGAAUGGAGAUGCUGGCAUCGUUGACAGUGCUGUAUCCAUUGAUCCGAACCCUGAGCAUCCGGACCCAGAAAACAAGGCCCAAGACAAAGAUGUCGAGAUGGUCCAGCCGGAGGAUGAAGCACUGGCGCACGAGUUUGAACGCAGCGUGACGAUGACAGGGGAAGAAGUCACGAGCGAGCCAGUUGCAUUGGGAAAUGCAGACGAGGCGGUCUUUGAAGAUGAGGAACCCAUUGCACAACGCCCAAGUCCUAUCGCGCCACCUUCACGUCACUCUCGAGCUACUAACCCGACCACCUCAAACUCCCAUUCCACAAUCAAAGUACCUCUCGCCCCUUCCAGCCCUCAGACACCCGGGCUAAUUGCGACUCCAGCGCGACCCCAUGGCUCAAUCCGCACAAUAACGACCACGACCACAAUUCCGAUGCAAUUCACGCCUGCAAAGCCAGCUGCUACACACAUUAUCGAUGCGGAGACUAUCCCUGUCACGGUGAUGUCGCCACAACGUGAUCGAUCUGGUUCAGCUCCCGCCUUUGAUCGAGAAGCUGCACUUGCCAUGAUAGCAUACCGGCGAGGUCGCGCCAAGAGUAUCGCAGACGGGCAGGCGACACCUAGAAAGCUCGAGGGUGCGGUCAACCUCAAGGAGAGGAGAGAUGUCUCGGCGCCAGUUCUGGGCCAGCAAAAGAGUUCGAGUGCCAAACGCAGUUUGUCCAGGAACUACAGCGGCAAGGUGGCUAGUGCGAGCAGGACUCGCUGAGGCUGGCGAGCAUCAGGCAUGCACGGGCGUUGGGCAAGGUUUUAUAUGGCAUCGUACAGUGCCUUGGAUC